CGAGGGUUCAUCCUAGCAACAACACCGCUUCUCUAGUUCUUCCUCGUCCUCUCCAGCAUGCAUCGUGCAGGCAGGUCGUUCAAAGUGCAGCCCGCGAGGGUAGCAGCCGUGCUGGGUGUCAACGGGCGCCCCCACGCCCCGCCCGCGCCCGUGCACGCCACCGCGCCUGCGUCCGCGGCCCAGGCGACCGGGAACCAUCUGUGCCUCGCUUCCCCUGGCGCCAACUUCACGCAGGAACGCCUGAUCCACGGGAGCGCGCCGGCGAGAGCGGAGGACCAUCUGGAGUCCGCGGGAGUGGCGGCUCCCGAGGUUGCCGUCCCCCCCAUCCCCCCGCUCGCGCCCGAGUCGGAAGGUCCUGCACUUGAUAAUUUGAAGGAGGCCGUGAUAGCAGCGGAAAUAAAGUUUGCCUCAGUUGAUGCCGCAGCCGCUGAGGUAGAAGCAGCACCGGUAACAGAAGUUGAGGCAGCAUUGACAGAAGCAGCGCCGGUCUCAGCUGCAGCAGAGGUGGCAGCAACAGUGCCAGUAGCAGAAAUAAUAACAGAAGCUAAAGUAUCAGACACAAUAGUAGAAACAGCACCAGUAGAAUCUGCAGCAGCAGCAGAAGCAGAGGCAGCACCAACAGCAGAAGCAGAGGCAGCACCAGUAGCAGAAGCAGAGGCAGCACCAGCAGCUGAAACAGAGGCAGCACCAGCAGCUGAAGCAGAGGUAAGUGCGAAGCCAUUAGCUGAUGUAGAGGCUGCAGUAGAAACAGAAGCAGAAGCACAGUCCCCAGCAGAAGCAGCAGAAGAGCCCGCUAAGGAAGCAGAAGCCCCAAAACCUUCCUUCUUCCAGAGAAUCAAGAGGUUCUUCUGGUAGUCAGCCGGCCAGAAGCUUCACCGCGUAGGAAUCCUGAAAUGCUGCAUUAGCUGGGUUUUGAUUACUAUUUACAGAAGAUUAUGAAUAUAAAGUGCUAGAUUUUGAAUGUUGUAGUUAUUUUAGUUGUGGAAUAGUUUUUUCGCUGUUGUUUUGCUGUGAUAAUGCUAUAAGUAAAUAAAAUGGUUACGUGUAUAUGUGUA